AUGUUGACCAAGGCAUCUCUCUUUCUAUUGCCUUUGGCCCCGACCAUCGUCUCAGCCGGGCUUUUGCCACGCUGGCUGGCCCUGGACCGUCGUACCGAUACCUGUGGCGUGAACGGAUUUGACCGGAAUGCGGGCAAUUACUUCUGGAGUGCGAGCAAGCAAUUAGCAUCAUAUUCUGGUUGCUCAGCCAGAUGUGCUAAGAGUGACCGCUGUGAGAGCUUUGGCUUCAACGAUGAAGUCUGCAUGCUUUUCGACCUCUCUCUGGCUGAGAACUUCGACGAGGAUCAAGAUAGUGAUGUCAAGUACUUUGACGUCGGCUGCAUUCAAGAGGAGGCCUCAACAUCACCCACGGGAAACGCAUCGUCUCCUCUUACUCGUACUACCACGGUAUCAACGGCGACGCGAACCAUCACUCGCAGCAUCGCGCUGGCCACUGGGACUGGGGCCCCAUCGCAACCGAUCAACGGCACAGGCUUCUUCCCCGUGCACAGGACCGCCACGGCUAAUAGGUUCCCACAUGCUCCGACACGCGUGAGCAGUAUCGAGGCUGCUACCCCUACGGCUACCACAGAUGCCUCAGUCACCGAGUCACCCGCAGCCGAGACCAGUGACACCAGCACGAGCACACCCAGCAAUGGCUUCCCACAAAUAAACGAUGGGAUCCUGCCACCGAGCAGGAAUAUCACACUUGCGAACAAUGGCACCAGCAUUUCUCCCAACACCACCAUUGCUUUUAAUGGCACAAGCGCAGAGUAG